CAGCCAAAUUCCUAAGAGCUUCAUGAAGGGAUAUGAUGAUAUGAUGACAGGUUCUGAUCUAUGUGCUUAUCUUACCUCUCCGAAGAUCUGUGAUAUUUCCGGUGAGGUUAUGAAGUCGCCCUCUCGACCGAACACAUCCCGGUUCAUGUAGUAGCCAGCUUGGGGGUUGGUCAGCACUUCGCGCAUGUACUCGGCCACAGGAAUGGGUCCGGUGGACAGAAUUUUGGCUCGCAGCUGCUUGGCCAGGCUGCCAUCUCCGCUCUCCGCUUUGGAGGACGACUCUGGCUGCUCCUUUGGCGGCUCCAUCUUUGGAGCACUAGUGGCGCCCAGAUUCGGACGACGGACGGACUUGUUUCUUGCUUUUGUUGACGAGGCCUUUAAGUUCGUCAGCGAGACGGACGCCAAUGGACAGCAUUCUGCAAGAGCUGCUAAGCCGACGGGGAAUUACUCCCGUCUAUGAACUUGUCCAGAUCGAGAGCGCCAUACAUGAGCCGACCUUCCGGUUUCGCGUGUCCUUUAAGAACAAGGAUACGCCCAUUCUCACCCAUUCUCGCCCAGAACUUCAGUGAAAACUGCCCUAAAGACGUGCGUGAGGUGAAGAUCGAGCCGCACCACAAACUGAUCUUGACCCUCUUCAACGAGCUGCGCAACAACGUGGCUGGAGGCAAGAUAGAAGGACUACCCAAGGCUGUUCGCAUGGCCAAGAUGUCCUGGUGCGAGGAGCUCUCCCACCGGGCCCUACUCAACGUAAAGACCUGUGAGUCCCUGCCGGAUAAAUGCCGCAGCACCGAGAGAUUCGCCUACGCCGGCCAGAACAACGCCGUGUUCCAGUACAGUGGAGCCGAGACGGAGUACACCGAUGCGGAAAUAAUAAAGGAGCAGAUCGAGAACUGGUUUGCUGAGCGCUCGAAUGCUUCUCCCGAGAUCCUCGCCAGCUUCCCGGAGGAGCUUCCCAACAAGGAGGUGACCAAGUUCACCAUCGCGGUGGCCGAGAAGAACACCCAUGUGGGAUGUGCUGCCGUGCGCUUCUCCCGGGACUUUUACAACCACUUCGUACUCACCUGUAACUUCACCACCUCGAACAUUGUGGGUCAGCCUGUCUACACUCCGGGAGAGAAGGCCACCACCGGAUGCAAGAACCGAUAUGGAGCCGCCUACGACUACCCCAACCUGUGCUACGCCAAGGAGAUCUACGACAACGAAAAGGUUAUUGAGAACACCCAGACAAUGUAGACCCUUUUCUUCGAUUCUUAGCAAUAUUACUGGUAUCUGAGUCCAUUAUUAAGUUGGCAAAUAAAAAGCUAAAAGAGCUUAUCAUUUAAAA